UUUGAGUUGGUAGUAACCUACUUUUUGAGACGCUCCAUUGUACUCUUUAUAUGGUCAGCUUUCACAUCCAAUGAAUUUUUCCUUUUUUUCAAAAUUGAAAAUUUGGGGUUGAAAAGAAGAGGAAGAAACAUUUAAAUUAUCAGGAAGGAUGAAUUUAAAGAAAUUAAUACUAAUUAAGAGGAUUUCGAGUAUUAUGGACAACCUUCAGCAAGGUUGAGUUUUGAGCAAGAUAACACCAAAUUUUCUCAAGUAACAAUGCAAGCUUAUCAAGAUACGAGUAUGGACAUGGAUAUGGAAACCAGAUUCCAUGGAUUGGUGAAGCGAAUAAUUUUGUUAUGGAAAAGAUAAAACCAGAAAAAAUAGAUGUUUACUGCAAGGUUUGCAAAAAAAAUAUUCCAAUCAUAAAAAUGAAAAAUUGGACUCAAUCUGGAAUUUGCAGAGAUUGAAGUUUAGUUUUUUCUGGAUAAGGUAGUAGUAAGGGUUCUAUGUUGUCUUCAGAACCGAUCAGUAGCAGUAGUCUUGUUCUACUUGUCACAAGUCGGCCAUAGUCUUUUCUAGAGUGCACGGUUGUGUGAAAAUAUUGCAAAAUGCCACAGAAAGAUUACAUUGAGAGGCAUCGUAGGCUCUACGGUCGUCGUUUAGACUAUGAAGAACAGAAAAGAAAGAGGGAAGCUCGUGAGCCCCAUAAAAGGGUUAAGAUCGCUAAAAGUGUAAGAGGAAUUAAAGCUGAGAUGCUCAACAAACAGCGGCGUUAUGAAAAAAUUCAGAUGAAAAAGAAAAUUCAGGCCCAUGAGGAGAAAAAGGUCAAGAAAACCAGUUAUGAGGUUGCCGAAGGUGCUGUGCCUGACCGAGCUAAUCAGUCGCAGGCCAAGGUUUUAUCGAAUAUGAUUAAACAAAAACGAAAGGAAAAAGCUGGUGAAUGGGAUGUACCUAUUCCUAAGGUCAGAGCACAAAGUGAUGCUGAAGUGUUCAAGGUCGUCAAAACUGGCAAGUCGAAACGGAAAGCCUGGAAGAGAAUGGUGACCAAAGUUACAUUUGUUGUAGAUAAUUUCACAAGGAAACCACCUAAGUUUGAAAGAUUCAAAACGCCAAUGGCUCUUCGUCUAAAGGAAGCGCAUGUUACCCAUCCCGAAUCGAAAGCCACAUUUUGUCUGCCAAUUAAUGGGGUGAAAAAGAAUCCCAGUUCGGCUAUGUUCACUACACUUGGAGUAAUAACGAAGGGUACUGUUAUAGAAGUCAACAUUUCAAAAUUAGGUUUAGUGACUCAGACUGGUAAAGUUGUUUUUGGAAAAUAUGCCCAGGUUACAAACAAUCCAGAGAAUGAUGGCUAUCAAUGCUGUCUUAUUAGUUUGAUUUGUAUAUCAGCUCUUAUUUAUAAUAAAGAGUCUGUGUCGUCUGCAGGGUCGAGUAGCAACAGAAAAAAUUCUAUGUCGUCAGCAGAAAAAUUAAUAGCAAUAAAGGGUUUUUGUUUUUGCAAGAUAGAGAAGUGGCAGAAAGGAGUCUGCUUCGUGUUCAGGAUCAAGUAAUAGCAGUGCGAUAUGCAGUGAAACUGGAUAUGAAGCAACCACAACAGACUUUGAGGGACAAAAUUUAGUAGAAAAUGAUGAAGGAAAUGGAGAGAAUAGCAAGGCUCAUCGGAAAUAUCUGGAAGGAUAAAUUUAAAAAAUGAAUAAUAUUAAAGAGGAUUUCGACUAUUAUGAACAACCUUUACCAUUGUCUAGUUUGCUUCAAGGUAACACAAAAUCUUUUUCAGUAACAAUGCAAGCUUAUCAAGAUACGAGUAUGGACAUGGAUAUGCAAUCCAGAUUCCAUGGCUGAGUGAAGCGAAUAACUCAUUCAGUUUUGGUAACUAUAAAACCAGAAAAAGAAAGAUGUUGCCUGCAACGUUUGCAAAAAAAGGUAUUCCAAUUAAAGGAUAGAUAAAUUGCACUGAAUCUGGAGAUUGGUGCUGAGUUUUUUCUGGAAUAGGUAGCAGUAAAGGUUCUG